AUGGUUCUUUAUGCUGUUUUGAACAGUGCUGUGCUAGCGGAGAGGUGCUGCUCGGGCACAGAGGCAGAGACUUUAAAUGACCCCUCGAAAGCCCCAAGUCAGAGCCUCCAGACUGGACAUUUUGCCAGAGAAAUUUUGGAGCAGAUUCGGCUGCCUCCUGAAGUGAAUCGGAUUUUAUAUAUCAGAAACUUGCCAUACAAAAUUACAGCUGAGGAAAUGUAUGAUAUUUUUGGAAAAUAUGGACCUAUUCGACAAAUUAGAGUUGGAAACACUCCCGAGACUAGAGGAACAGCAUAUGUGGUUUAUGAAGACAUCUUUGAUGCCAAGAAUGCUUGUGAUCAUCUGUCAGGAUUCAACGUAUGCAACAGAUACCUUGUUGUCUUGUACUACAAUGCAAACAGGGCAUUCCAGAAGAUGGACACAAAGAAGAAAGAGGAGCAGCUGAAACUUCUCAAGGAGAAAUAUGGAAUAAACACAGACCCACCAAAAUAAGAUUAUUUUUGCAAAAAUUAUUUUAACUCUUACAACGGUGUUUUGGACUGAACCUCAUAAGGACUGCUAAUCAAGCUUAAUUAUUUCAUUUGACCCUUUUACUUCUAUGCCUCAUGCAUUGACUACUCAGUUUGAAGCUUUGAUAUUUUAAGUUUGGAAUUUACUAAAUAAAUGUAGUUCACUUUUGGAUUUUGUCUAAAUUACUUAACAUUUUUCUAAUUCUAUUAAAUGGACACACUUUUUUCUAGAUAUCAAGGAGACCAUGUUAUUCUUGCAUAACUGGUCUGUUUCAAAUAACGUGACCAAGUAUUUUAUUCAGUCCUGGCAAAAUUCAUCACCCAAGAUUGCUUGCACUAGACUCUGUGCACCAUUUAGAUCCCAUGUUUUAGGUUUAGUGACCUUGUUUGGAUUCUCUGCACAAGAGUGAAUUUCAUUUCAUAUAUGUGUAAAUUAAAUAAAACACAUUGACCACAAUAUUUGUAUAGAAUAUGGUCUAGUAUGUUUUUAACACUUACCACGAAUUUGUGGUAUUGUAUCUAAGUUACCAUUUUUCUCCCUAUGGGAAUGUUUGACUCAAUCUGUCCUUUUUGUUAUAGGGAACUUGUGUUUGUUAUAAGACUGCUUCUUAUAUUAAACAAAAAUGUCUGUCCUGUGUAGCUCUUACCUGAAAUUGGUGAUAAUAAAUUGAGGUCUGGAUUAAAAGUCAUAAACACGAGUUGCCUCUAAAUAUAUCCUUGGUUUUCUAAGAACUGAUUUUGUUGCCAGUGACUGAUGUGCUAUAUUGAAAUUGAUUUUGCUGUGACAGUGAAUGACUGCAAGAUUACUCAGGGCAAAGUAAAGAGCUGAGGGUCAAAUAACUUUAAACUUUUUGGCAUAUAGAUGCAAACACACUUAGACAUGUUAUGCCAAAUGUAAAUGUUAAUGAGAUAUAUCCAUUUGGUUAGUGAAUCACCAUAACUGAGUAUUUAAACUAGUUACUAGCUCAUGCUCAAAAUUCGUUUCCUUGCUUUCAGCUUGAUUGAUAAUGGAAAAAUAACACUUGUGUACCCAAAAUGCCUAUAUACGAGUUUUGCAAACCUUGUUAUAUUCCACGUUAAUUUACUACUGUAAUACCUUUUUUCUUUGAAAUGUUGGGGGGAUUAAAAGAGCACAAUAAACUUAAUCAGACUAA